AAUAUCUCGGGUUGAUCCACAUAUUGAGGUUCUUUAUACGUAUCCUCAGACUGCCCAAGCUCUUUAAACCUCAAUUGGUCCAUCUCGCUGGACAAGUUUGCAGAUUGUAAAAGGAUCCUUCCCAUUCUUGGGUGGAGAGUUAUACCUCAGCAACCGUUCAGCUCUCCACCAUGGAUUCGGAACCGGACUCUCCCACCGACCAUCUCUUCGACAGUCCUCCUCCCCACCCCCCCUCUUCCAAAACCUCGAAACCGUCCCCCGCAACCGAUCCCAGUCCCACAAACCCUCAACCACGGUCCGCAUCUACACGCUACUCCGACGCCGAAGCGCGGGACGCCUCCCUCAAAACCGAGCUGCAGUCCCUCCGCCGUGUCAACGCCACCCUCGACGCGCUCAUCGCCUCCUUACGCACCGCCAAAGGCAACAUGUCGACCCUGUCCGGCACCCUCGCCUCCAGCACCACGUUGCUGGACUCGUAUUCCCGCAUCCUCAGCCUGACGGAGCACCAUAACCGAUUGAUCCUGGAUCCGCGAUGGGACGGCGCGAGCGGGGACGUCGCAGAGAUGGAGCGGGAGGAGGAGGCGAAGCUCGAGCGGGAGCGGGAGCGGUCGAGGAUAGAGCAGCGGAGGAGGGAGGAGGAGGAACGGAGGAGGGAGGAGGCAGAGCAGAGAAGGUUAGUUGGGGCGAGUAGUAGAGGGAGGGGUGCAAGUGGAAUCGGGCGAGGUGGAAUAUCAAGCGGAAUCGGGAGAGGGGUACGCGGAAGGGGGAGGGCGGCAUAG